AACAAAGUGAAGUGGUUCUUUUUCGUUGAGUAAUUCAUUUUAAAUUGUCUUCGUUUAAGGAAGUCUAAAUAUUUCUCACUCAGUCAGUUUGGCAAUCAUUCUAACUACGUAAAAUCGUGAAUGGCAUCGAAUGCGUUCUUGGGCAGGCUGAUUCUUGCUCUAACAUUGGUUGUUUUUAGUUACUACUUCUUUUGGGUUGCAAUCCUGCCCUUUAUAGUGAUUGACUCCAGCGAAGAAAGCUGGAUUCACUUGCUGUUCCCUGAAAAACAUUUUGCCUUUUUGGUACCUGCUGUUUUUGGAGUUCUUUUUCUUGGAGGCCUGUCCGGCUUUACCCUUUAUCAUUUGAAAGGACAAUUGAGAACCCACGCGGAUUAAAACGAAUAAAUCGACAAUCGUCCAACUCCAUGCACAAUGGAAACAUGGCUGGUAAUAGGCAUUUCGGGCGUUACCAACGGUGGAAAAACUGUGCUGGCGAAAUCGCUCCAGAGUUAUUUCAGUGGUCACCUGAAUAAAAUUAUCUUCAAAGAAAACAUCACUUUAAACAGGACGGCUCUGAUUUGUCAGGAUGACUAUUUUCUGCCCGUGGAUAGUCCUAAACACAAGGUCGUCGAAAAGCUAAACCACAUUAAUUGGGAAAUCAUGUCCUCUAUCGAUAUGGAUCGAAUGUGUCACGAUAUUAUGAAGAUACUUGGCCACAAGUUUAUCCUAUACAACUGCCAGCAAUUGAGUAAGAGCGAAACGGAUAGCAACAUAGCUGAGCAGGUGGAUCCUGUUACCGAUGAGGAUAAUAUUUUCGCUGAUCACUUCCUUAGUAAUUACCUGAACAAAUACGACGAAAAUGCUGCUGCAGCGAUCCAACGGUCGACGACUCUAAUCAAAAAAUCAAAAAACGAAACAUUCCAAAAUAUGAACAUUAAGCUCAAUGUGCUGCUAAUUGAGGGAUUUCUCAUAUUUAAUCAUCCAUUUACGCUGGACUUGUGUAGCAUUAAGUUUCAUCUACACCUUCCCUAUGAGAAGUGUUAUGCAAGAAGAGUGCAACGCGUUUAUGAUCCACCGGAUGUUAUUGGAUAUUUCGAAAUGUGCGUUUGGCCUAUGUAUGAAAAGCAUUCCAAAGAAUUCAAGGAUCGAACGGAUAUUUGCAUGCUGAACGGUGAAGUACCCAAAGAAAACAUCCUGAACUAUGUUUUGAACUGCAUCAAAAAUCUUUUGUGAGUUUACUCUGGUAGUAGUAACUGAGUAAUAGCGAUAGCGUAAUGCCAAUUGGUUCCUUAUAACAUUCUGAUCCGUCAUUUUCUCCAAAUCGAACAAAGCGAGAUACUCGUGAUAAGUGUAGUAUUUUAUCCUACUGAAGCUUUUUACAAGGUUUUUUGUACAAUAAAACAUGACAAAA